CCAGAGACAACUACAACUCCAACUACUACUGAAUCAACUACCACUACAACGACAACUGUAACACCUUCAAAGGCCACAACACUUGAAACAACUGCCACCACAACGACAACUGUCUCAUCGACCACAGCCGAGACAACUACAAUUUCAACUACUACUGAAACAACUACCACCCCAACGACAAGUGUAGAGUCUACAACAGAGAUAGCUUCAACCCCAAGUACUACUGAAACAGCUACCACCCCAACGACAUCUGUGGAGUCUACAACAGAGACAACUACAACUCCAACUACUACCGAAUCAACUACCACUACAACGACAACUGUAACACCUUCAACGCCAACAACUACUGAAACAACUACGACCCCAAAGACAGCUGUAGAGUCAAGCACAACCGAGACUACUACAACUCCAACUACUACUGAAUCAACUACUACUACAACGACAACUGUAACACCUUCAACGGCCACAACACUUGAAACAACUGCCACCAAAACGACAACUGUAACACCUUUAACGCCAGCAACUACUGAAACAACUACCACCCCAACGACAAGUGUCUCAUCGACCACAGCCGAGACAACAACAACUCCAACUACUACUGAAACAACUACCACCCCAACGACAACUGUGGAGUCUACAACAGAGACAACUACAACUCCAACUACUAUCGAAUCAACUACCACUACAACGACAACUACUACCACCCCAACGACAAGUGUAGAGUCUACAACUGAGACAACUACAACACCUUCUCCAACUGAAACAACGACCACCCCAACCACAAUUGUCACAUCGACCACAACCGAGACAACUUCAACGCCAAGUACUUCUGAAACAACUGCCACCGCAACGACAACUGUGGAGUCUACAACAGAGACAUCGACAACUCCAACAACGACUGAAACAACUACCACUACAACGACAACUGGAACACCUUCAACGGCCACAACACUUGAAACAACUGCCACCCCAACGACAACUGUAACACCUUCGAUGCCAAUAACUACUGAAACAACGACAACCCCAACGACAACUGUCACAUCGACCACAACCGAGACAACUACAACGCCAACUACUACUGAAGCAACUAGCACCCCAACGACAACUGUCAUAUCGACCACAGGGGAGACAACUACAACUCCAACUACUACUGAAUCAACUACCACUACAACGACAACUAUAGCUUCAACCCCAAGUACUACUGAAACAGCUUCCACCCCAACGACAUCUGUGGAGUCUACAACAGAGACAACUACAACUCCAACUACUACCGAAUCAACUACCACUACAACGACAACUGUAACACCUUCAACGCCAACAACUACUGAAACAACUACGUCCCCAACGACAGCUGUAGAGUCAAGCACAACCGAGACUACUACAACUCCAACUACUACUGAAUCAACUACUACUACAACGACAACUGUAACACCUUCAACGGCCACAACACUUGAAACAACUGCCACCACAACGACAACUGUAACACGUUCAACGCCAGCAACUACUGAAACAACUACCACCCCAACGACAAGUGUCUCAUCGACCACAGCCGAGACAACAACAACUCCAACUACUACUGAAACAACUACCACCCCAACGACAACUGUGGAGUCUACAACAGAGACAACUACAACUCCAACUACUAUCGAAUCAACUACCACUACAACGACAACUGUAACACCUUCAACGCCAACAACUACUGAAACAACUACGUCCCCAACGACAGCUGUAGAGUCAAGCACAACCGAGACUACUACAACUCCAACUACUACUGAAUCAACUACUACUACAACGACAACUGUAACACCUUCAACGCCAGCAACUACUGAAACAACUACCACCCCAACGACAAGUGUCUCAUCGACCACAGCCGAGACAACAACAACUCCAACUACGACUGAAACAACUACCACCCCAACGACAACUGUGGAGUCUACAACAGAGACAACUACAACUCCAACUACUACUGAAACAACUACCACCCCAACGACAACUGUGGAGUCAAGCACAACCGAGACUACUACAACUCCAACUACUACUGAAACAACUGCCACCCCAACGACAAGUGUAGAGUCUGCUACUGAGACAACUACAACGCGCUCUCUGACUGGAACAACGACCACCCCAGCGACAACUGUCUCAUCGACCACAGCCGAGACAACUACAACUCCAACUACUACUGAAACAACUACCACCCCAACGACAAGUGUAGAGUCUACAACUGAGACAACUACAACGCCCUCUCCAACUGAAACACCUUCCACCCCAACGACAAGUGUAGAGUCUACAACAGAGAUAGCUUCAACCCCAAGUACUACUGAAACAGCUACCACCCCAACGACAUCUGUGGAGUCUACAACAGAGACUACUACAACUCCAACUACUACUGAAACAACUACCACCCCAACGACAAGUGUAGAGUCUACAACUGAGACAACUACAACACCUUCUCCAACUGAAACAACGACCACCCCAACGACAAUUGUCACAUCGACCACAACCGAGACAACUACAACGCCAAGUACUUCUGAAACAACUGCCACCGCAACGACAACUGUGGAGUCUACAACAGAGACAUCGACAACUCCAACAACGACUGAAACAACUACCACUACAACGACAACUGGAACACCUUCAACGGCCACAACACUUGAAACAACUGCCACCCCAACGACAACUGUGGAGUCAAGCACAACCGAGACAACUACAACUCCAACUACUACUGAAACAGCUACCACUACAACGACAACUGUAACACCUUCAACGCCAAAAACUACUGAAACAACGACAACCCCAAUGAGAACUGUCACAUCGACCACAACCGAGACAACUACAACUCCAACUACGACUGAGACAGCUACCACCCCAACGACAACUGUGGAGUCUACAACAGAGACAACUUCAACCCCAAGUACUACUGAAACAGCUACCACCCCAACGACAACUGUGGAGUCUACAACAGAGACAACUACAACUCCAACUACUACUGAAGCAACUACCACCCCAACGACAACUAUCACAUCGACCACAACCGAGACAACUACAACUCCAACUACUACUGAAACAACUAGCACCCCAACGACAAGUGUAGAGUCUACAACUGAGACAACUACAACGCCCUCUCCAACUGAAACAACGACCACCCCAACGACAAUUGUCACAUCGACCACAACCGAGACAACUACAACGCCAACUACUACUGAAACAACUACCACCCCAACGACAACUGUGGAGUCUACAACAGAGACAACUUCAACCCCAAGUACUACUGAAACAGCUACCACCCCAACGACAACUGUGGAGUCUACAACAGAGACAACUGCAACUCCAACUACUACUAAAACAACUACGACCCCAACGGCAACUGUAGAGUCAACCACAACCGAGACAACUACAACUCCAACUACGACUGAAACAACUACCACCCCAACGACAAGUGUCUCAUCGACCACAGCCGAGACAACUACAACUCCAACUACUACUGAAACAACUACCACCCCAACGACAACUGUCACACCUUCAACGGCCACAACACUUGAAACAACGGCCACCCCAAUGACAACUGCAACACCUUCAACUCCAACUACUACUGAAACAACGACCACCCCAACGACAACUGUCACAUCGACCACAACCGAGACAACUACAACUCCAACUACGACUGACACAGCUACCACUACAACGACAACUGUAACACCUUCAACGGCCACAACACUUGAAACAACGGCCACCCCAACGACAACUGCAACACCUUCAACUCCAACUACUACUGAAACAACGACCACCCCAACGACAACUGUCACAUCGACCACAGCCGAGACAAAUACAACUCCAACUACUACUGAAACAGCUACAACCUCAACGACAACUGUGGAGUCUACAACAGAGACCACUACAACUCCAACUACUACAGAAGUAACUAGCACCCCAACGACAACUGUCAUAUCGACCACAGGGGAGACAACUACAACUCCACCUACUACUGAAUCAACUAUCACUACAACGACAACUGCAACACCUUCAACUCCAACUACUACUGAAACAACGACAACCCCAACAACAACUGUCACAUCGACCAGAGCCAAGAAAACUACAACUCCAACUAGUACUGAAACAACUACCACCCCAAAGACAGCUGUAGAAUCGACAACUGAGAGAACUACAACUCCAACUACUACUGAAACAACUACCACCCCAACGACAACUGUCACAUCUUCCACAACCGAGACAACUACAACUCCAACUACUACUGAAACAACUACAACCCCAAGGACAACUGUAGAGUCAAACGCAACCGAGACAACUUCAACUCCAACUACUACUGAAACAACUACCACCCCAACGACAAGUGUAGAGUCUGCAAUUGAGACAACUACAACGCCCUCUCCGACUGGAACAACUACCACCCCAACGGCAACUGUCACAUCUUCCACAACCGAGACAACUACAACUCCAACUACGACUGAAACAACUUCCAUCCCAGCGACAAGUGUAGAGUCUAAAACUGAGACAACUACAACGCUCUCUCUGACUGGAACAAGGACCACCCCAACGACAACUGUCUCAUCGACCACAGCCGAGACAACUACAUCUUCAACUACUACUGAACCAACUACUAGUGAAACAACUAUCACUACAACGACAACUACAACAGAGACAACUACAACUCCAACUACUACUGAAACAACUGCCACCCCAACGACAACUGUAACAACUUCAUCACUCACUUCAGCUGAAACAAGUACCACCCCAUCGACAACUAUUGAGUUAACCACAACCGACACUACUGCAACACCCACUAAAACUAAAACAAAUACCAGCCAAACGACAACGAACACAUCAACCACAUCCAGAACAAGUCCCACGACAACUGACACAACUGCAACCCCAAUGAAACCUGUAAAGUCGACCACAGCCAAAACAACUACAACUCCCAUGUCAACUGAAACAAUCACCCCAAUGAACACUAUAAUGUCAACCACAACUGAAACAACAACUUCAAUGAAAACUGAAACAACUACAACACUACGCACAAUUGAAACGUCAACAACAACAAGUACAAUGCUCACGACUAUUGAAACAACUACCAACGCAACCGAAAAUAUAGCGAAUCCCACGACUACUCAAACAAGAAACACUCUAACGACUCCAGGAACAUCCGCCACUCUAAGAGGAAGCUCAACCACAACCACAGCUACAACCAUAACUCCAACCUCAACCAUAGGCACUACAGCAACUUCUCCAGUGGCAACAGGGUUGCAGAUCACGGGAUCAGCGCAUCUCGUCAUCCUUCUGACGUUUCAGAAUGCAAAUCCUUUGCUCAACAAAAGCUUCGUGUUGAGCACAACAAACACCUCCCUGGUCUCGGGACUCACGGCCUCAAACGGCUUGCCGAGGCUGCAGGUGUACACUUGUAAAGAGUUAUCCAACAGCUCCAUUGUGCUCAGCUUUACCUUCUUGAUGGAGAACGUCAGCAUCUCUCAGAAUGACCAGAUCAUGAAUGCCACUUACAACCACAUCCAGGACAGCAUCGCGACUCUGAUGAACGGAAUGCUGAACAAUCAAACGGCCACUCGUGUUGACUUUCCACGGGCAAAUUUUACCGUGACGGGUGACCAGGUAGAGGCCGAGGUGAAUUACGUUGUUCGACAAGGCGCCAUCAGCAACCCGAGCCCUUACCUUUCUGAAAUGCUGAGGAUCAGUGGUCUGGAUGUCACCACUACAAGCUCAGCCACAACCACAACUGCAGCUACAACCAUAACUCCAACCACAACCAUAGGCACUACAGCGACUUCUCCAGUGGCAACAGGGUUGCAGAUCACGGGAUCAGCGCAUCUCGUCAUCCUUCUGACGUUUCAGAAUGCAAAUCCUUUGCUCAACAAAAGCUUCGUGUUGAGCACAACAAACACCUCCCUGGUCUCGGGACUCACGGCCUCAAACGGCUUGCCGAGGCUGCAGGUGUACACUUGUAAAGAGUUAUCCAACAGCUCCAUUGUGCUCAGCUUUACCUUCUUGAUGGAGAACGUCAGCAUCUCUCAGAAUGACCAGAUCAUGAAUGCCACUUACAACCACAUCCAGGACAGCAUCGCGACUCUGAUGAACGGAAUGCUGAACAAUCAGGCCACUCGUGUUGACUUUCCACGGGCAAAUUUUACCGUGACGGGUGACCAGGUAGAGGCCGAGGUGAAUUACGUUGUUCGACAAGGCGCCAUCAGCAACCCGAGCCCUUACCUUUCUGAAAUGCUGAGGAUCAGUGGUCUGGAUGUCACCACUACAAGCUCAGCCACAACCACAACUGCAGCUACAACCAUAACUCCAACCACAACCAUAGGCACUACAGCGACUUCUCCAGUGGCAACAGGGUUGCAGAUCACGGGAUCAGCGCAUCUCGUCAUCCUUCUGACGUUUCAGAAUGCAAAUCCUUUGCUCAACAAAAGCUUCGUGUUGAGCACAACAAACACCUCCCUGGUCUCGGGACUCACGGCCUCAAACGGCUUGCCGAGGCUGCAGGUGUACACUUGUAAAGAGUUAUCCAACAGCUCCAUUGUGCUCAGCUUUACCUUCUUGAUGGAGAACGUCAGCAUCUCUCAGAAUGACCAGAUCAUGAAUGCCACUUACAACCACAUCCAGGACAGCAUCGCGACUCUGAUGAACGGAAUGCUGAACAAUCAAACGGCCACUCGUGUUGACUUUCCACGGGCAAAUUUUACCGUGACGGGUGACCAGGUAGAGGCCGAGGUGAAUUACGUUGUUCGACAAGGCGCCAUCAGCAACCCGAGCCCUUACCUUUCUGAAAUGCUGAGGAUCAGUGGUCUGGAUGUCACCACUACAAGCUCAGCCACAACCACAACUGCAGCUACAACCAUAACUCCAACCACAACCAUAGGCACUACAGCGACUUCUCCAGUGGCAACAGGGUUGCAGAUCACGGGAUCAGCGCAUCUCGUCAUCCUUCUGACGUUUCAGAAUGCAAAUCCUUUGCUCAACAAAAGCUUCGUGUUGAGCACAACAAACACCUCCCUGGUCUCGGGACUCACGGCCUCAAACGGCUUGCCGAGGCUGCAGGUGUACACUUGUAAAGAGUUAUCCAACAGCUCCAUUGUGCUCAGCUUUACCUUCUUGAUGGAGAACGUCAGCAUCUCUCAGAAUGACCAGAUCAUGAAUGCCACUUACAACCACAUCCAGGACAGCAUCGCGACUCUGAUGAACGGAAUGCUGAACAAUCAAACGGCCACUCGUGUUGACUUUCCACGGGCAAAUUUUACCGUGACGGGUGACCAGGUAGAGGCCGAGGUGAAUUACGUUGUUCGACAAGGCGCCAUCAGCAACCCGAGCCCUUACCUUUCUGAAAUGCUGAGGAUCAGUGGUCUGGAUGUCACCACUACAAGCUCAGCCACAACCACAACUGCAGCUACAACCAUAACUCCAACCACAACCAUAGGCACUACAGCGACUUCUCCAGUGGCAACAGGGUUGCAGAUCACGGGAUCAGCGCAUCUCGUCAUCCUUCUGACGUUUCAGAAUGCAAAUCCUUUGCUCAACAAAAGCUUCGUGUUGAGCACAACAAACACCUCCCUGGUCUCGGGACUCACGGCCUCAAACGGCUUGCCGAGGCUGCAGGUGUACACUUGUAAAGAGUUAUCCAACAGCUCCAUUGUGCUCAGCUUUACCUUCUUGAUGGAGAACGUCAGCAUCUCUCAGAAUGACCAGAUCAUGAAUGCCACUUACAACCACAUCCAGGACAGCAUCGCGACUCUGAUGAACGGAAUGCUGAACAAUCAAACGGCCACUCGUGUUGACUUUCCACGGGCAAAUUUUACCGUGACGGGUGACCAGGUAGAGGCCGAGGUGAAUUACGUUGUUCGACAAGGCGCCAUCAGCAACCCGAGCCCUUACCUUUCUGAAAUGCUGAGGAUCAGUGGUCUGGAUGUCACCACUACAAGCUCAGCCACAACCACAACUGCAGCUACAACCAUAACUCCAACCACAACCAUAGGCACUACAGCGACUUCUCCAGUGGCAACAGGGUUGCAGAUCACGGGAUCAGCGCAUCUCGUCAUCCUUCUGACGUUUCAGAAUGCAAAUCCUUUGCUCAACAAAAGCUUCGUGUUGAGCACAACAAACACCUCCCUGGUCUCGGGACUCACGGCCUCAAACGGCUUGCCGAGGCUGCAGGUGUACACUUGUAAAGAGUUAUCCAACAGCUCCAUUGUGCUCAGCUUUACCUUCUUGAUGGAGAACGUCAGCAUCUCUCAGAAUGACCAGAUCAUGAAUGCCACUUACAACCACAUCCAGGACAGCAUCGCGACUCUGAUGAACGGAAUGCUGAACAAUCAAACGGCCACUCGUGUUGACUUUCCACGGGCAAAUUUUACCGUGACGGGUGACCAGGUAGAGGCCGAGGUGAAUUACGUUGUUCGACAAGGCGCCAUCAGCAACCCGAGCCCUUACCUUUCUGAAAUGCUGAGGAUCAGUGGUCUGGAUGUCACCACUACAAGCUCAGCCACAACCACAACUGCAGCUACAACCAUAACUCCAACCACAACCAUAGGCACUACAGCGACUUCUCCAGUGGCAACAGGGUUGCAGAUCACGGGAUCAGCGCAUCUCGUCAUCCUUCUGACGUUUCAGAAUGCAAAUCCUUUGCUCAACAAAAGCUUCGUGUUGAGCACAACAAACACCUCCCUGGUCUCGGGACUCACGGCCUCAAACGGCUUGCCGAGGCUGCAGGUGUACACUUGUAAGUUAUCCAACAGCUCCAUUGUGCUCAGCUUUACCUUCUUGAUGGAGAACGUCAGCAUCUCUCAGAAUGACCAGAUCAUGAAUGCCACUUACAACCACAUCCAGGACAGCAUCGCGACUCUGGCUCCUAAGAACGAUUCUUGCUUAACCUGUCUCCUCAUUUUUCUCUCGUUGGAUGUACAAACCUCAGAUGAACGGAAUGCUGAACAAUCAACGGCCACUCGUGUUGACUUUCCACGGGCAAAUUUUACCGUGACGGGUGACCAGGUAGAGGCCGAGGUGAAUUACGUUGUUCGACAAGGCGCCAUCAGCAACCCGAGCCCUUACCUUUCUGAAAUGCUGAGGAUCAGUGGUCUGGAUGUCACCACUACAAGCUCAGCCACAACCACAACUGCAGCUACAACCAUAACUCCAACCACAACCAUAGGCACUACAGCGACUUCUCCAGUGGCAACAGGGUUGCAGAUCACGGGAUCAGCGCAUCUCGUCAUCCUUCUGACGUUUCAGAAUGCAAAUCCUUUGCUCAACAAAAGCUUCGUGUUGAGCACAACAAACACCUCCCUGGUCUCGGGACUCACGGCCUCAAACGGCUUGCCGAGGCUGCAGGUGUACACUUGUAAAGAGUUAUCCAACAGCUCCAUUGUGCUCAGCUUUACCUUCUUGAUGGAGAACGUCAGCAUCUCUCAGAAUGACCAGAUCAUGAAUGCCACUUACAACCACAUCCAGGACAGCAUCGCGACUCUGAUGAACGGAAUGCUGAACAAUCAAACGGCCACUCGUGUUGACUUUCCACGGGCAAAUUUUACCGUGACGGGUGACCAGGUAGAGGCCGAGGUGAAUUACGUUGUUCGACAAGGCGCCAUCAGCAACCCGAGCCCUUACCUUUCUGAAAUGCUGAGGAUCAGUGGUCUGGAUGUCACCACUACAAGCUCAGCCACAACCACAACUGCAGCUACAACCAUAACUCCAACCACAACCAUAGGCACUACAGCGACUUCUCCAGUGGCAACAGGGUUGCAGAUCACUAUUGGAUCAGUGCUCAUCUCCAUCCGUCUGGUGUUUGUAACCAUAAUGCCAGUACCCUCUGAAAGUAAUGUGCUCAGUGUAGCACACAAUCUGUUUAACUUCAAACUCAGAUUCCUGGAAAGUCCACAGAUGGUGCAGAAUAUUACUUAUGAAAAGUUAUCCAACUACUCCUUUGCUCUCAAAUUUGUGUUUGCAAUCAACAAAGUCAACAUCUCUCAGAAUAACCAGAUCAUGAAUUCCACUUACAUCCAGAUCCAGGACUCCAUCAAUAUUUUGCUGAACAAAAUACUGAACAAUGCAACAGCAAAUCCUUUUGUCUUUCCACCAGCAAAUUUCACUCUUAUCAUGAUGAAUAACCAGAUACAAGCUGAUGUAAACUAUGUCUUCAAAGAAGGAGACAUCACUAACCCGACCCCCUUCCUUUCUGGAAUCCUGAUAGCAAGUGGUCUGAGUGUUACCACGACUGCAACACCCAUCCUUCUGCUCACCACCCCCCUGGGCAACGUCACCACUGCAGGAAGUAGUGCAUGGAUCUUAGGCUUCAUCAUCCCAUGUGGUAUCGUUAUCAUUCUCCUGCCUUUCUGGAUUCUGCUCUGUUGCCUGCUGACCGGUGGCUGUGCUGCCAUUAGGAGGCGCUGGGACAGAAGACGCACUUACAACAUUCAGUACAGACUUCACAACCACCUCUUCUGAACAAGUGGAAGCUGCUUUGGGUGUGGUCAUCAGUCAUACAACUGUCUGCUUAUUGUUUUCUUCACAGUAUGAA